AUGUCUUUCCAGAAGCCCGAGAAGGAUUUCGGCGAGGGCCCUAAGGUCCACAAGAUCCGCAUCACCCUCACCUCCCGCAAGGUUGCCUCCCUCGAGAAGGUCUGCCAGGAGCUGAUCGACCGUGCCCGCUCCAAGUCCCUCCAGGUUAAGGGCCCCGUCCGUCUUCCCACCAAGACCCUCCAGAUCUCCACCCGUAAGACCCCCAACGGUGAGGGUUCCAAGACCUGGGACAAGUUCGAGAUGCGCAUCCACAAGCGUCUCAUCGAUCUUCUCGCCCCCACCGAGACCGUCAAGCAGAUCAUCAUCAACAUCGAGGCCGGUGUUGAGGUUGAGGUCACCAUUGCCGCAUAA